UAUCCCGUUCAUAAAAUCGUGGUGAAGCCAAUACCUUUUGCAUCUAAGUUAAUUGAGGGCAUCAUGCCUUGAUCAAAACCAUAAUUUUUUUCUUACAUUUUCAAAAUUAGGAGGGUAACAUUAGAUUUUUAAAAAAAUCCAGUUUUGACUCUAGAUCAAAGCAAUUUUCAUCAGAAGGCAUAGCAGUAGUUUAAAGGAGAUCAGUGUUGCUAAGUAGAGAUAUAUGAAAUGGAGAACAAACAUAGUUGUCAUGAAUUUUAAUAUUUUGCUAUUUGUGCAUGUAAAAUCUGAUUAUAGAUUGCAUCUCUGGUCAAAGCUGGGUCAUGUCAGAGCGUAAAAUCAAUUUGAUACGUGAUCAUGGCAAUGUUCUCUGGUGACUCAGUCAAUAAGUGAAUAGAUAUAAAUUCGUAAAAUAAAAGGACAGGGAGAGAAGAAAAUUUCAUAAAGUUGCGAACUGGCAAAUCACAAUGAUUUAAGCUGACUGAGAGGCUGCAUACUUUUUUUCUGUCAUCACUGCAGCAACUGAGGUCAUUCCUUUGUUCCUAGCAACAGCUAAGAAAUAUAGAACAAGCUAUAGUCAAGCUAAUCAGGACUGAAAUAUCAUUGCCACAAUUCUGUAAUAGUCAUGAUGCAAAGGGGCUGUUGCCCCACAGCAUAAGAAUUUUAUCAAUGUAUUGCAAGGAAGAAUGGAAUAAGAGAGUUAGCACUACAAAAACAUGCAGUCCUUCUCAUAGUUUAAGAAAGCAAAUAACAAUUUGUCACAUUCAUGGCAUUCAGGAGGCAUGUGAAGAAUUUUGUGAAAAAUUAUUCUGAAGCAGAGAUAAAAGUCAGAGAAGCAACUUCAAAUGAUCCCUGGGGUCCCUCUAGUUCUCUGAUGUCUGAGAUAAGUGACCUAACAUACAACAUGGUUUCUCUAUCUGAAAUUAUGAGCAUGAUCUGGCACAGAAUGAAUGACCAUGGAAAGAACUGGAGGCACGUGUACAAGUCUCUCACACUCUUGGAUUAUCUCCUCAAGAAUGGAUCAAAGAAAGUCAUACAGCUAUGUCAAGAAGGUUUCUUUAACAUUCAAGUGUUAAAGGACUUCCAACAUUUAGAUGAAGCUGGGAAGGAUCAAGGUUUCCAUGUGAGGGAGAAGGCUAAGCAAAUCCUGGCCUUAUUAAAAGAUGAUCACCUGUUGCAUAAUGAACGUGGAAUAGCACGUCGGACCAGGUGGCGCACUUCCUAUGCAACGUUGGUCACGUCGAAGCCUUUGACAAAAGGACAUUUACCAAUAAUGCCUGCUUCCAAUUCCAUUCCAGAAUGUCCUCCUUCAGAGAGUAUCCAACAUCUUCACCCGAAGGCAUCACCUGCAAUCGAGCAAAGCCAGCCUGCACCAAAAUCAGGCAAAGCAGAGAUAGUUCAAACAACAACAGAGAUUGUUGCAAAGAUGUCAUCAGAGCAGGACUUAAUAGUCUUCAGUGAGGAUGAGUCUUCCUCUCCUGCUGUGCAAUCAACGUUUUCUCCUAAAGCCUCCAGAGAGAAAUUGUCAACAGAUACUGCUUUGAGUCCUUCAGAAAGAAAUUCAUCACCUGUGCAAAAGAGGGAUUCAUGCAGAAAGUCAAAGAGUUCUGUUCUUUCCAGAGUUAUGCUGAAAACUCCACCGAGGAGGCAGUCAAGUGUACAAACUCACAUGGGAGGGACAAUGUUAUAUGAUGUAUGGUCAUCAAGCCCAGAGGAUAUUAACAAGCAACAGGUCUCCAAAACAGAUGUUCCCCACUGUCAUACUGGUGCUUCUGUUGAAACUAUUUACAAGUCUCCUACCUUUCAGACCUUUGAUCCUUUGGCAGAUAAUACAGUGAACACCACAAAAUCGGCUCCACCUUCUGUACAGUUCUCUGGGCCUAGUGAAGCCAGCCUGCAAAAUGCCCACUACUUCAUACCAGCUGCUGGACAGAUAGCUGGUUGUCCCACAACACGGCCAGGCUCCUCCAGCUCUGUUGGGACAUCUUCCUCCUUUUCUAUUUUUUCCCCUGGAUCCGCAGUUCCGAACAACACACCACAGCCCCACUGUGAGCUUCCCCAUGGAUCAUCUUAUUUAUCUUCCCCACAAGAUCUUUACUUUAAAGACCUUAAGGAGAGGAUUGCAGAGUCCUUUUCUCCUUGCCCAGCAUCUGAUGGAGAUGAUAGUAGUAUCAUAAAUCAACAUUUUGAUAAUUCAAAAAGAAUUGAUGGAUUUAGAAGCAGAACAUUUCGUGCCACUGGUGAGAGCUGGGAAAACAAUGUAAUGCAAGAGACAUCUUCUUCACCAGCUCCUGUCACGCCGCCUCCUGCAAAUCGCCUUGAGGAAGACCUUCUUUAUAUAAGUGCUGAACCAAAAUGUAUAGCCAUUUUGGAAGAGAUUAAAAAUACAGUUUGUGGACUAAGAGGAGACUUCUCCAGUGCAACCCAGGAGCUGCGUGUUAUUAGUAAUAAGUUAACAAAUAUGGUGGCUUCUGUUCAAAAUAUGAACCAAUUCAUUGUCGCUCUCCAGACUGAUAUACAUGAGUCUGACCUAAUAUAGUUAUCCUAAUGGCCACUUCAUUAAAGUGCCAGAAAUUGUUUCUGAGUUGUGCCUCAGUAAUCUGUUUUAUAUUGCACAUCAGAUAUCCUAGUUUAGAGUUUGAAUGAACAGGUAUAAAAAUACAUAUAUGUACACACAAAAAUGUAAACACAUAUACAUAUAUAUUCACAUGUUAAAUUCUUGUUACCAAAUAUAAAUAGUUGUUUGUAUCAUUUAAUGUAGUUAACCUUUUAAAAAGAGAAUUGUUUAUUCUAAUUUGCUGAAUAUUUGAAAUCUGCAUGUCCAUGCUAAACUUAAAACAAAUAAAGCAUUAAUCUC